UACUCCAUGUCAGAUUCCAACACAACCGACUUCACUAACCCCUCCACCUUCAUCCUGUUGGGCAUUCCUGGCCUGGAGGCAGCCCACGUCUGGAUCUCUAUCCCCUUCUGCGCCAUGUACAUCAUAGCUGUCUUGGGGAACUUCACCAUCCUCUUCAUUGUGAAGAGGGAGCCGAGGCUCCAUGAGCCCAUGUACUAUUUCCUCUGCAUGCUGGCCACCAGCGACCUGGUCGUAUCUACGUCCAUUAUGCCCAAAAUGCUGUGCAUCUUCUGGUUCAAUUCCAGGGAGAUGUAUUUCAGUGCCUGCCUUACCCAGAUGUACUUUAUUCACUGUUUUUCAGCGAUGGAGUCUGGCAUCUUUGUGGCCAUGGCUUUUGAUCGCUAUGUGGCCAUUUGCAAUCCUCUGAGACAUUCCACCACCCUAACAAACCCUGUGGUGGCUAAGAUUGGCCUGACCGUUGUGCUGCGUGGUAUCAUGCUCAUACUGCCCUAUCCCUUCCUGGCAAGGCGGUGGCCAUAUUGUAGAACCAACAUCAUCCCCCACUCGUACUGUGAGCACAUGGCCAUGGUGAAGCUGGCCUGCGCUGAUGUCCGCAUCAGUAGUUACUACAGCCUCUCUGUGGCAUUCUUGGUGAUGGGUCUGGAUGUGUUUUUUAUCGCCAUGUCCUAUAUCCAGGUCCUCAGGGCCAUUUUCAGCCUCCCCACAAAGGACGCCCGGCUCAAGACUUUUGGGACCUGUGGCUCCCACCUCUUUGUCAUCUUAGCCUCUUAUAUCCCAGCUCUCUUCUCCUUCCUCACACACCGGUUUGGCCACAACGUGCCCCUGCAUUUCCACAUUCUCAUUGCCAGCGCGUAUGUGCUUGUGCCCCCCAUGCUACACCCCGUCAUCUACGGGGUGAGGACCAAACAGAUCCGGGACAGGCUGCUCCGGCUACUUACUCAUAAAGGGAUCUAA